AUGGAACUGGCCUAUAGUUAUGUUAAGAAAUAUGCCUCUGCCAAGUAUCAUUCCUGUGCAGAUGAACCUCUUAAGAGUCAAGUUAAUGCGUUGUUGUCUCAGUGUCAGCAACAUAAUGAUGAGCUGCAGAGUAGACCGCUUACAAAAAAAGGGGAGGGCACUAGUGUACUCACAAUCAAUGAAAAACUUACAUUGUGCCAGAUUCUGGGUGAGUUUAAUACACUGGAGUCACCUGUGUGCCUGUCUAAUAAAUUUGAGGCUAUUGUACAGAAAUACACUUUGACUGAUAAAGAUGCAUGCUCUCUUCUAAAGGCUUGGGUACCAGCACCUCUAGCAGCCCAGGUAUCUGCAUAUGAGAAUGAUAACUUAGAUGCAGAGGGAAGGAUGAAAGAACUGCAGCGUGCGUUAAAGAGUCGUGAUGAUAGAGGGAUAAAUACAUUACAAAGAAUGAGAUUUAGAAGAGGAGAUGACCCUAUAUUGUUCUGUAACCAAUAUCUUUCACUGUACAAAAGUGUGUAUAACUGUCCUGGUAUGUCUGCUGAUGAUCCGAGCUUCAUAUACUCAAUGGCCAAUAUCUGUUAUGUGAACUAUCCUAAUAGGAUUGCCCUCAGAAAUGCCAAUUCAUACCAGAGCUUUAUCAAUAUACUUAGAGACUGGUGUGAAGAAUCCAGUGAUGGGUAUAGAUCAGAUGCAGAUAUAUCAGUAGUAAGCAGAGGUACAAGAAGGAAGAAAUUCAUCAGGUGUUACAAAUGUCACAGACCAGGGCACAUUCAGAGAUUUUGUAGAACCCCCGAUAUUUCAAGCCUGAUACAGGAUGAUAAAAGAGCCACUGAAGGCAGCUUAGUCAAGCUGGCCAAACACUAA